CUCCCUCACACACACUCAGUCCAAACACUACAACACGACGGGUUUACACGCGGAAAACGAUUCAUAAGGUGCUAAGUCCGGGGGUUCGACUUGACCCCGCUGCUGCUCGUCGUCCUGUGUGCUGUUUUACGAUUUACGCGUGAAAAGGUGGGGAAAAAAACGUCUACUGUACAUCACCGAGAUGGACAAGGUUCUGGUCUCGGUGAUGAACACCGCCAUGAAGUGACAUGUGAGUGUUGGUGAGGAGGUGGAGGAGGAGAGGAGGUGCGAGGCUGGGGACUAGGCAGAGGACACGAUGGUAAUGUCAGGGUGGAUGAUUCUGCCCAUCAGCCUGCCCGUCCUCACCAUCACCGGCAUCUGGGUUGUGUAUGCCAUGGCCCUGUAUAACCAGCAUGUUUGUCCUGUGGAUAACUGGUUAUAUAAUCAGUCAUGUGAGGAAGAUUUACCCUUGCAGAGGGGACCAACGCUAUGCUGUACUCUGGAUAAUGUGCCACUUAUCAGCAAGUGUGGCACUUUACCUCCUGAAAGCUGCUUUUUCAGCCUUAUUUGCAGUACGGGAUCCUUCAUGGUAAUGGUGAUAGUUUUGCUGCAUUAUGCUCACGUGAUUGAAAGACGUCAGAACUGCGUGUUAAAUAUGGCGAGUCUCUCCACUGGCUGGAUCUGUUCUGUGGGACUCAUCAUGGUGGGCAACUUCCAGGUAGAUAACGCAAAGGUGUUGCAUUAUGUCGGGGCCGGCGUGGCCUUUCCUACCAGCAUGCUGUUUGUGAGCGUUCAGUCCGCACUCACGUAUAGACUGGCCAAGACUCAGGGUGAGUACAGUGUGGGCCAUCUGCGUCUCAUCAUGACCCUGCUGGCGUUCAUAGCCCUGGUGCUCAGUGGAGUUUUUUUUGUGCAGGAGAGUUUUGUCCUGCAGCAUGCCUCAGCCAUCUUCGAGUGGGUGUUCUGUGUCAUCAUCAUGCUGUUUUAUGGCACGUUUGCUUUUGAGUUUGCCAGUAUCUCCAGCAACACCAUGAUGGUCCUGGCCAGAGGAGGAGCACUAGGUAGCAACAGCCAAGACCACAAAAUAGAAUCUCUUAGUGGAACUAAUCAGCACCAGUCUGAGAAUAUGUCCAUGCUUUAACCUCAUAGAGGGAGAGAUGGCACAGGACUGCCCUUGCUACUCUCUCUCUCUUUUCCAGUUCCUUAUACACAUACAGUACAUCUACAGUAGGGUGCAGAGGACAAGACUAGCUCAGCAGAGGAAUCCUGGCCUACUUCUGUUUUUAAUCUGAGCUAACUUUUGCCAAAGGACUUUGCACAUAUUUUUGCACAUUGUUGAGACCAAAUAAUUGUUCAACUUCAGUGUCAUUCAUUUGUAGCCCAUAAAAGAAAUGGCUGUAAUGCUUCAAGAAACAGUGUUACAUGGACUAUAUGGACUUAUGCAGUAUGUGUUGAGGCUUUGUGGAUGUUCAUGACAUUGAAAGUGUGAAAAUGUGAUCUGUUAUAAUUUAACAGAGAUAGCGGUCAAUAACUCAUUACUUCAAGUUCGACUGGACUUCGAGACAAUACUGUGCCAGCCCUAGUUGUUUCAUGACAAAGCCAGAAAUGUUUAACAAACUAUGGAGUUUAUUUUUGCCUUUUAUAUUCAACCACGUCGCUUAUAUCUAUGCCUUUUAGUUCUGUUUGAUAUUCUCAAACACAGGUGCUUUUUGCGUUUUGCUCGUUUAAUAUUCUGUUCAGGGCGACUAUCAAUACCAUUGUGCCUUAUGAAACGGGGCCAAACAAAGCUGUCUAAUGGAUACCAUUAAUAAUCUCUAAUUCUGUGUUGUUUAUCAUACUGUCAGGGACAUUGUCCAAGGUUUCAAAACUACUUAACUUUAUAUUAAUGCAGAGCGUUCCCAUAUUUGCUGUAUAUUUGACUUGUUGGUUUGUAAAUGUGAUUAUAUUCUUGCUCAUCUCUGUGCCUGAGGCCAGUAUACCGAAACACAUUGUUUGGGAUGUUUGAUUGGUAUUUGACUUGAUUGAAGGUCUGUUUACAUUUUUUUCUCCCAGUUUGGCUCUGAACCAACUGCAGUUUGGAGAACAGAUUUCACUUAGCAGAUCCUCCAGAUGCUGUUCCUAUACAUUACUUUGACCUUUGAAGAUUUCCGUUUCAUUAAUCAGACGUAAUUUUCUUUGAUUUUUACACCCUUGAAAAUUGAUUGAUUGUGGUGUAUUGUGAUCAUAAAUGCACAAGUGUCAUAAAUAUGAUCUGUUGAUAGUAUGACUUGCAGCAGGACUACAAGUCUCUUUCACAAAAAGCCAUUUUUGCAGUAGAUAUCAUCUAUUACAUACUGUUAAUUUUUAUGUUGGAUGCUAAUUUAAGUGCCCUUAAACAGAAAUCCUGUUACCCAUUCUGUAGUUACGUUUAUAAAAUAUAUGUAUAAUUUGCUUCACGUGUCUCUAUCAGCCAAAGGCAAGGUGUAAAUCUAAUUCAGUGCAUCCUGUUGUGCUUGUUUCAGUUUCUAUAGUCAAAUCCUCAGGAAAAUCUGUUACACCAGCUUGGAGUCUGUGCUUUGAAUAAAGUUCAAUUGAUCAAGUAUUAAUUGAUGUGUGAACAAUUUACAGUAAAACUGGCAAAUGCUUGAAGCAUAUUUGCGAUUUUACUAGUGGACUCUAAGUAUUACACCUGAUUUGCAAAAAUAUCGACACUUUUAUGGUCUGUGUGUUCCAUGUAACAGUUUCCCUGUUAAUGGCUAUAAAUGUGCAGUAGCUCUAGGAUAUGCUAUUGCUCUGUCCAGCACAGGGAGAAUAUCAGGAGGAUCCUUUACCUUGAUUUGCUAGUGAUGACAAUAUGAGGGCAUGGCUCUCUGUUGUCUUAACCUGAUUCACUUUUUGAGGUAUAACUUCAACCCAGGCAGAGAACAUUUUGCUGAGCAUACAUUCGGAAUUCGUGCACACAGAAAGCAAGUACAAAUAUACAAAGUCAAUGCAGAUGUGCAAAUACACAUAGAAAACAAAUAUUGGGUAGAAUAACUGAUAUGCUGGCUACUAAAAGGCAUCUUCCUGUGCCUUUUUAUUAAACCAAAGAGUGAAAUGGUUUUUGAUGUUUUAUUGUACUGUACGUUUGCCUUAAGCUGAGCAAAAAUAAAGAAAGUAUAAAGAAAAUAUGUAUUAUGUAUUAAAUAUGUAUAAUAUGUAUUUUAUGUAUUAUCAGUAUGAACGUUUAGGUGUAUAUAUUAUAUGCUUUUUUAGCCUAUACUUUUAUUACUCCAGGAAAACAGAUGGAAUGAAUCCAUGGUCAACAAUAACAAAGAAUUGAAGGAUCAGAUGAGAUCAAGACUGAUCAGCAGUACGACUAAUUUCUUUUUGUCUUUUUUUUGGAAAUUACAUUAAAAUAUUUAGGCAUAAGUACUGGGCUAAUUUUAGCAUUAAGAUGUAAAUAUAAUCCUUCUGAUAAAA